CCAGCCCCCAAAUCCCACUAAGCAGCCCCACCAGGGCCUGCACAGGUCCGUGGAGAGCCAGUUGAUUGCAGGUCCUCCUGGGGCCAGAAGGGUGCCUGGGAGGCUGGGUUCUGGGGAUCCCCUCCAUCCAGAAGAACCACCUGCUCACUCUGUCCCUUCGCCUGCUGCUGGACCAUGGGGGCUGGGGCCAGUGCUGAGGAGAAGCACUCCAGGGAGCUGGAAAAGAAGCUGAAAGAAGACGCUGAGAAGGAUGCUCGAACCGUGAAGCUGCUGCUUCUGGGUGCUGGUGAAUCCGGGAAGAGCACCAUCGUCAAGCAGAUGAAGAUUAUCCACCAGGACGGAUACUCGCUGGAAGAGUGCCUCGAGUUCAUCGCCAUCAUCUACGGUAACACGUUGCAGUCCAUCCUGGCCAUCGUGCGCGCCAUGACCACACUCAACAUCCAGUACGGAGACUCUGCACGCCAGGACGACGCCCGGAAGCUAAUGCACAUGGCGGACACCAUCGAGGAGGGCACGAUGCCCAAGGAGAUGUCGGACAUCAUCCAGCGGCUGUGGAAGGACUCCGGUAUCCAGGCCUGUUUUGAGCGCGCCUCGGAGUACCAGCUCAACGACUCGGCGGGCUACUAUCUCUCCGAUCUGGAGCGCCUAGUAACCCCAGGCUACGUGCCCACUGAGCAAGAUGUACUGCGCUCGCGAGUCAAGACCACAGGCAUCAUCGAGACGCAGUUCUCCUUCAAGGACCUCAACUUCCGGAUGUUCGAUGUGGGCGGGCAGCGCUCCGAGCGCAAGAAGUGGAUCCACUGCUUCGAGGGCGUGACCUGCAUCAUCUUCAUCGCGGCGCUGAGCGCCUACGACAUGGUGCUGGUGGAGGACGACGAAGUGAACCGCAUGCACGAGAGCCUGCACCUGUUCAACAGCAUCUGCAACCACCGCUACUUCGCCACGACGUCCAUCGUGCUCUUUCUCAACAAAAAGGACGUCUUCUCCGAGAAGAUCAAGAAGGCGCACCUCAGCAUCUGCUUCCCGGACUACGACGGGCCCAACACCUACGAGGACGCCGGCAACUACAUCAAGGUGCAAUUCCUCGAGCUCAACAUGCGGCGCGACGUGAAGGAGAUCUAUUCCCACAUGACGUGCGCCACCGACACGCAGAACGUCAAAUUUGUCUUCGACGCUGUCACCGACAUCAUUAUCAAGGAGAACCUCAAAGACUGCGGCCUCUUCUGAGCUGCCUGAAUUCAUGCAUGUCACUUGCCCCGAGACCCGAUAGCCCUAGCUGCCUUGCAGCCCCAGCCCUCAGGACCCUAUCAGCCCCCAGAACUCCUGGGCCCCAGCCUGCCACCUCAUCAAAGCCCUGAGCCCUGCUAGCUUUGAGGCCCGGACCCUUCUCCAUACCUCCCACAGUCUCCCAGCAUCCCAUGCCCCCAACCCCAGCCCUGCCCUUCACUGCCUGGCUGCACUGGCCUCUAGGACUCUGCACUAGCCAGCCCCAGCUAGGAAUGGGCAGGACUUGGGGCAGCUGAAGCUUUCCAUGACUCAGCAGUGCUCAACUGACCAAUCUCCCACAGCUCUCCUGCCCCUGGGAGCCCACGACUCACCUGGUGGGUCUGGGCUCAGCAAACAGCCCUCCCUCCCAGCGUUUCAUCAAAGACAGGGGAUAUCCCUCCCACACACAGGCCAGCUGCUCACCCUGCCACCUCCAUGUGACAAGUUUGGCACCUGUCUACCCAGGACCAGUGACUGUCCCUCCCAGCACCCUCCAAAGGGUCCAGAGUCCAAGUUAGCUCUGGCCUGUGCAGUCCCCACAUAAACAAAUUAGUGGGGAGGGGGCAGAUCUGGGGGUCCUUGGGUGCCAGGGUGAGGCACAGCAGGACCCUUCCCCAAAUACCAGGUUCAGAGCAACCCCCAGCCCCUCCUCCAGCAGAAUCUGCUCAUUGGACACCAGAUCCUUAGACAGAGGUCCUUGGAUGCCAGAUCCACAUGCCACUUCCCCACACACACAUAGUACCCCCGGCUGACUGGACAACAGGAUGGUCUGUUAAGGGAGGGUACUGUUGACACCAACUAUGGCCAAUAACAGGGCUGUCCAGAGGGGUGGCUGGGGACAGAGUCCAGCUCCCAUCGAUCAGCCCAGACAGAGGACUCAGGAUAGGACAAAGGCCCUGGCUGUGCCCAAAAGGGUCUACCUCAGGUGGGGUUACAAGCAAGCCCAGGUGACCCUCUUAUCCCUGCCCGAAGCUUCUCUUCCUCCCUCCAUUCAGGGUUCCCUUCCCCGGGAAGCUGAGAGCCAUGGCUGAACUAUCAGGGACAAAGGCCCAUGUCCCCACAUCCCUGCUCCCUCCUUCUUCAGCACCAAAUCUUUGUUUAUGCCCACGGGCUAGGGCCUGUGCUGCAGUCGGGGACAAGGAGCUUCCAUCUGGUAAGGCUGGGGCACAAUUUACACUCCCUCAGCUAGACGCACACACUCAGCAAUAAACCUUUGCAUCCA